AUGACUGGUUCAAUUGAAGAGGCGGUACGUAAGCUGCAACUGCUGGACGAUAUGGGUGAUCCAGUGAAAGUUGGGGAAUACCAUAUCAUGGAGUCACCCCAAGACAAGGAAAGGCUAGAGAGAUAUAUCGAUACCUUCAAGCCAGAGAGUAAAGGGAAGGUGGGAGUAGCUAUCACUUGUCAGAAUUCAGAUGACGAGAUCGUCGAGUACUCGGACGAGCCCUGUACACGGUUCUUGGAAUACAACUUUAAGGAUGAUAACACAUGGAGGCAGUCCCAGGUCAGCUUGGAUCCAGUAUUGCAGUUUAGGGAUAAGAAAUUUGCUAUAUGGAAAGAGCAGUUGGAGCAUCCAGUGUGUGAGGCUGCAUUUCGACGAUUGCUGCAGCUGGGGCUUGUCACUACUGUUUUCGACAAGCACAUGUUCCCGACCCCUGAGCAUCUGAUGGACCACUAUCGUGUAGAAGAUGAGAACACGGGCAAGCUCAUUGACCUGCCUCAUCCUGUCAGCGGUCUUCGACUGUGGAACGCAAGUACACGUUGCUAUGAUUCGAUCGACCCUCAUCUGGCUGGCGCCCCUCGAGGGGAGGAAGAGGCUAAGAAGGUCUGGGAGGAAAUGCUUGAUGAGUUCAGGGAGCAGCAGGGGGCGGACUAUAUCGAUCAACUCUUGGCCGGGCAUAGAGUUGUGGCGGCUGAGGAGUAG